AUGGACAUCGAGGAAGGGCUCAUUGAGUCUCAUCAACGUUCAGCAGAAUGGAUGAACUUACGAAGAAAAGGUCGUUUCCUAGUAGGAGGACAGGAGCAGCUGGACAUGGACAGUCUUCAAAACAAGUUGUUGAAGUCCAACCAAGAGAAGAAGCUACUUGAACAAGCUGUUGCCAAUUUGACAUCUAUAUUGGCCCACCAACGGGAGCAAGAGGAGAAGAAGGAAAGCCGGACAGUGGGAGCAUCUCCUGGAGCUGCCAGACACGAAGCGGGAAGCCGAGAUCAACAAAACACAAUUGUCAUCCACACUAUCGAGGAAGAGCAGACGAGUGAAUGGAUAAACAUGUCUCUAGCAGCACUCAAUGCCACCGCAGAGAGACCCUUUGUGGCUGAAACCCAUUACCACAAUGGCACUUUGCCCAUUCAGGCUCUCUUUACUGGUCCAGGCAGACCUGAAUUCCGAAACCAUCGGGAUCGUAUACGCGGAGAUGAAUCCAGGCUUGUAUUCCCCAACCAGAAGUCGCGUGAAGCUGUCUGUCAAUUGUCGGACAUCCAACACUUCAAUGUAUUCCCUUACAACUUUCAACAGCUCCUCCGGUGUUUCUCGUGGUGGCAGCUUGAUCAAAACAAGAACAAAGCACCAAUAUUGUACAUUCAACAGUACAAUCACAGCAACGGCAGAACAGAGUCGAUUCAUGACAUGUACAAGGCCAUGCAUGAGGUCUUUGGAGUUCGCUUGGAUAUUGAAAAGAGAGCCAACACUGACUCUCCAGAGGUGCAUGUUGAAGCACCAUGGCUCAAAAUGUAUGAGCAGACAAAAACCUAUGCCAUGGUCUCCCCAGACCAUGCCAAGACUUUGGUAGAAGGCUUGCUCAACCACUACACACACAACAAUGACAAGAGAGCCGGCUGUCCUGCUGAUGGCAACAGCAAGAAGACCAAACCAGUCAUUGCCUUCCUGGACAGAAAGGACUCCAAAAGGUCUAUCUCCAACAGCCCUGAGGUCCUUGAUAAGCUGCGUCAGUCCGGUCAUGAUGUCCACUACCAAUCAUCCUUUCAUGGCAUGUCAUUGAUAGAACAGAUCAAGUUCAUGUCUGAGGCAGACAUUGUCAUGGGGCCACAUGGAACACAGUUCACUACAAGCUUGUUCGUGCCUUGGUGUGGUUCCUUGUUGGAGUUCUUUCCGAGACAGUAUUAUGCGCCCAACUGGUAUGGUUCAAUGGUUGCUUUGUCGGGGAAGCAUCACUUCUUGGCUUAUCAAGGAGGACAAGCACUGAAUGCCUAUAGGCGAAACACAAGGCAUUUCAAUGCCUCUGUUGAGGCGGUGGAGCAAGUCACGGCAGUCAUGGUGGAGCGGUGGCACUCUUGUUGUGCAGCAAGAAACAGCAACAGCGAUUACAGCAACAAGUUUGGUAUUCGCACAAUUGUAGAAGAGAAAAGAGGGGGAAAGAUGAGUAUUCCACCUGAAGCAAUCAAUGGCACCGAGCAAAACCCCUAUGUUGCAGAAACUCGCUACAAUGGCACCCUGCCCGCUUGGGAAAUGUUCCUUGGCCCUGGUAGACCAUACUUUCCAGAGGGUCAACGAGCUCUUAACAAAAGUGAUGCCAGGCUUCUCUUUCCCAAUCACAAUUCCACUGAAGCAGUUUGCCGAUUGUCAAACAUCUUCCUGUUUCAGAUGUUCCCUCACAACUUCCAGCAGCUUGUUCGAUGUUUCUCAUGGUGGCAGAUGGACCAUAACAAGAACAAAACACCAGUACUGUACAUUCAACAGUAUGACCAUGGGACUGAUGACAUGGCCUCAGUUCAUGGUAUGUACAAGGCCAUGCAAGAUGCAUUUGGUGUGCGAUUGGAUCGAACCAAUGAAGACUCUCCUGAGGUUCAUGUGACGGCACCUUGGGAUAGUAUGGUUUUCCAGACAGGCACCUAUGCGAUGGUGUCAAGAGAACAUGCCAAACCCAUGGCAGAAGGCUUUCUCAACUACUACACCCCUAACAAUGACAAGAGAGCUGGCUGUCCUACAAAUGGCAGCAGCAAGAAGGGUCCAGUUAUUGCCUAUCUGGAUAGGCAGGAUUCUCGGCGAUCGAUUGCCAACAGCAAUGAGGUACUGGAUAGACUGCAGAAGGCUGGCUAUGAUGUGUUGUACCAAUCUUCAUUCAAGGGUGUAAUUGAGGAAGCAGGAACGUGCAGCAAGUGCUUACUGGGUCGAGUGGGAAACUGGAGUGUCUCAUGGUACAUCUGA